UGUGUCAGUCGGCGCCAUAUUGGGAGUGUCGGCCGGCGCCAUGUUGGGUGCGUCAGCGUCUCACGGCGUCUCCGCCCCGGUGGGCGCUCGAGCGGCGUCUCUUUCGCCGCGGGACAAACGGCCGCGGCCUCCCCGAGCAUCGCCGGCCCCUCCACGGUUUGCAGCAGAGGAGAGAACUCACUGUUCCACCAAUUUUUUGCUUUGGGUUCCGGUGCUCUCCCUGAGCACAUAGAGUGAAGUGAAAUUCAUGUCUGAGGAGCAGCUGUCAGCGCAGGAUGGAGAGCCUGGGCCUGCAAGAAGUGAUCCUUAGUGACGGGACGACAGCCUACGUUCAGCAGGAUGUCAAAGGUGAAAAUCUGAUUGAAGGGCAAGUCAUUGAACUUGAAGAUGGGACCACAGCUUAUAUCCAUCAGGUGACAGUUCAGAAAGAAAGUUAUGACCCCAGCACCUUUGAGGCCAUCUUGCUGGAGGAUGGCUCCACUGCCUACAUACAUUGUCCUGUCAUCGUGCCACCUGGCAGCACCGUCCUGGAAGUACAGGCAGAAACUGGGUUGGAGGAGUUGGCUGGAGAGGAGGAAGAAGAUGCCUUUGAUGUGGAGACCAUGAAUGUGUUAAAGCAGUACACCAGUAAGGUGUCUGACGAGGAAGAUGAGGGGGUGACAGACACCGGCCGUAUGAAGAGCAGAGACUCCAGUGACGUCCUUUCCCAGGAUUUGCAGGAGGAAGAAGUGCACAGCAGUGAGAAGGGGCAGCAGGUCAGCCGUAGAGCUUUCCGUUGUGAGUACGAAGGCUGUGGCCGCCUCUACACCACUGCCAACCAUCUAAAGGUACAUGAACGUUCUCACACUGGUGAUCGGCCAUACAUGUGCGACUUCCCCAGCUGUGGGAAAGCAUUUGCUACAGGGUACGGGCUGAAAAGCCACGUGAGAACACACACUGGUGAGAAACCGUACAAGUGUCCAGAAGACAUGUGUAGCAAAGCCUUCAAAACCUCUGGGGAUCUCCAAAAACACAUCCGGACACACACAGGUGAGCGUCCCUUCAAGUGCCCCUUUGAGGGCUGUGGCCGAUCUUUUACCACAUCCAACAUCCGCAAGGUUCACAUCCGAACGCACACAGGCGAGCGGCCAUACAUGUGUCCGGAGCCCAGCUGCGGAAGGGGCUUCACCAGUGCCACCAAUUACAAGAACCACAUGAGAAUCCACACAGGAGAAAAGCCGUACAUGUGUGCUGUGCCGGGCUGCGGGAAGUGCUUCACCGAGUACUCCAGCCUCUACAAGCACCACGUGGUCCACACGCACUGCAAGCCCUACACUUGCAAUAGUUGUGGGAAGACCUACCGCCAGACCUCCACGCUGACCAUGCACAAGCGCAGCAGCCACGGCGAGCUGGAGGCCACAGAGGAGAGCGAACAGGCUCUCUACGAGCAGCAGCAGCUGGAGGCAGCUGCUGCUGGCAGAGGCUCCUCUCUGAAGAGCCAGCACAUUGCUUUCCUGUCGGAGAAGGAGGAAGAUGAGAAAGGUGUUCCUACACAGCUCUCACUUAUCUCUCAGGAUGGGACGGAGCAGGUCGGUUUGUUGCAAGAAGACCUGCAGGCCCUGGGCAGUGCAAUCAGCAUGGUGACACAGAGCAGUGACCUGGCCGUGCCCGAGGAAGAGCUGGCGGGUAGUGACACGCACACCGUGACUGUGGCCAGUGCCCCUGGCACGGAGACGCAGAUGGUUACUAUAGUCACUGCUGGAGCAGUCAUGUCGCAAGAAUCAGGCAUUGCAUCCCUCGGUCAUCAGCAGGUGGCAUUGCUGGCCACCGCCAGUGGCACCCACAUCGCAGUGCAGUUAGAAGAGCAGCAGAACCUGGAGGAAGCCAUCAGCGUGGCUGCAGCAGCCGUCCAGCAUGAACCCGUAACGCUUGACGCAGCCGUGUCUGAGAAUGGGUGCUGAGACCCUGCGGAGCCUCCUGGGCAGGGAGAGAGGCAGCCUGAGCCUGUUCUCCGCAGGGGCAUCGGGAGCUGCGGGACGCAGGCCAGCGGGCACGCAGAAGAGGUGGGGCACGCAAGCCAGGGAAGGUGCCUGAGACCAGCAGCCUGUGUGCCGCGCAAGCACUGGGGGCUGAUAGCGGUGGCAUUGGGCUACCACAGUGACCCUGUUGGAAGUGCUUUUCUCACCAGGGAGGGUUGUCAAAGGUGCUUGGCUGCUGCCUUCUCCUGGAGGCUCUGCUGUGUUCCUGGGCUCUGAGCAGCAGCUUCCCUGCUCCUUGCCUCGGGCGCUGAUUCCUCUGUCUGGAGGAGACGGCAGGUUGUGUCUUCUAUUUAUUUCUUCAUGACUAAGAUUUCCAAGACCUGCCAGUCUCCUGCAGCAGAGGUGGAGCCACAGAGGUGGCAGCAGUCUCUGGAAGUGCAAAAUAUUUCUUGAGAGCCAUUUCCUGCACUCUCCAUCUAAGAAUGGUCCAACAGCUCCUCUUUUCUGCCCACCUCUGGGUAAGGGAUAAGCGGGCAGCGUAUGCACAGGAGCCGUAAAGCCCCGUCAAGGUAAGCCCAGGCUGCCCUGGGUUGAGUGUCUGGAGUGAUGACCAGUUCCUGCCAUCUGAGCUGGCUCAGACAGGAAUUAUCUCAUCUCUUUAUCAUACUCUACUUUCAAAUAAACUCCCUUGGCAGUCUCAGUUGUGGAGCUGAGCAAAGCGCUCCCUCCAGCGCUUCUUGGGGGUUGAGAUAGACCUGGCUGUAAAUACUGAGUUGAGAUGAAAACAAAUGAAAUGUUUUCUGUAUAAAUAAAAGCACCCUUUUCUCUUUCCAUUCCUGGGGGUGGUGACCAGCAGAGGGUGGGCUGGAUAUUACUGUUUUGCAGAUUGCAGAAUCAUGGAAUGGUUUGGGUUGGAAGGGACCUC